AUGCCUUCAGAGUUAGAGGAAUUAGUAUCGUUCUUACAUUCACCCCAACCAGCGGUAAUUCAAAUUGCUUUGGAUAACUUAGUUGGCUAUUCGCAAGGUGCUCAUCAACAAGUCUUCAGUUACGAUAACUAUGAAGCUAUAAAAGAUUUAAAGAAAUUAGCACAAGAUGAAGGCAAGACUACAGUUAGCCAGUCUGUGACUAUAUUGGCCAACUUGUGUGAUGAUUUAACUAUGAGAAAUAUAAUUGUGGAAGAUGAAGAAUUUUUGAAAGUUUUAGUUUCUGCUGUGAUUAACACCAAGAACAGCAACGCUGACUUAAUGUGUAUUUUAUUGACGAACUUAGCUAAAAAUGAUAGUAUUACUAAAGUUUUUGAUUUCGAUAUCAAUCAUAACGAGGAACAACAAAAAAUUUUCAAAUCAACUAAAGCAAUGGAUUGCUUAAUGGAUUGUUUCGUGAAAGGUUUUGACAGAUCCUUGAAUAAAUACGCAGACUAUGAUUAUUUGGCUUAUUUCUUUGCUGACAUUUCUAGAUUUUUACAAGGUAGAGAAUAUUUUAUCACAGAACAAUCCUAUGACGAAGUUGUGCCAAUAUCUAAGUUGUUGGUAUUUACUGAAAAGUAUGAUUCUAAGAUUAGAAGAGAAGGUGUUGCAUCCACUAUCAAGAAUUCGUUAUUCGAUUCAAAACCACACAUGAAAUUAUUAACUGAUGAAAAAAUAAAUAUUUUGCCAUAUAUAUUAUUGCCACUUGCUGGUCCUGAAGAGCUUGAUGAAGAAGAUAUGUUCAACUUACCUGAUGAAUUACAAUUAUUACCAUCUGAUAAAAAGAGGGACCCAGUAAAUGCACUUAUAUGCAUUCAUUUAGAAUCGUUAUUGUUAUUAUGUACCUCUAGAGAAGCAAGAGAGUAUCUUAGAGAAAAAUCAGUUUAUCCAUUAAUUAGAGAAUUGCAUAAAGUUAUGGAGAAUGAAGAAGAUGUUGUUGAUUUGUGUGAUAGAUUGGUUCAAAUGUUGAUGAGGGAUGAGUCCAAUGAUGCUGCAAAUCAAGAUGAAGAGGAAAGUAGCGACGAUGAAGACGAUAAAGUUGUUGAGAUCUUAUAG